AUGACGGCAGAUUGCGGCUUUGAAGGCUCGAAAACCGACACUCGACUAAAUUGGAGAGGCGGCCACUUAUUUUCGAAAAACUUGAGACUGCUUCAGGCUGGCAGUGCUGUCCUCGGUGGAUGGGGUGAUGUGGGCGGUCGGCGGUCCGGGCUGCUCUUCAACGUGGCGGCAACGUCCUUGGACUCCUGGUGUCCGGCGCGCGGUGGUACGGGCUGUCCCUCUAUGCCAUGGAUGACGUCCUCAGCUUGGCGGGUGAUGUCGUCCGGCUCCUCUCGGCGUUCUGCGGGGUGCGGCGCGACUUCAGCCUUGACAUUUUCGGAUGAGACUCAUCUGUAACACGGAAGGGGUGGGUGUGUGGUCUUCGGAUGGCGGCAAUGGUUCUAUGACAUGAGAUGCGGGCGUCCGGACCUCUGGAACGGCAAUGCAUGGGCGUUUAUCCCGCGCGACAUCUUCCGUCCUUGAAGUCGCCGAUGUGGGUUCCAGGAUGCGGUGUGGUACUUCCAUAAUUUAUUGGAUGAUGUAAAGGUGCAAGUGCGUUGAAACGACCGCCAAUAUGUGGGGUUAUGUGCAAGAUUACAAAUGAAUGACCACAAGUUGAAAUAGUGUAAAAAAUUCGUUGAAGUGAAGGAAUACAAAAGUGUGCUUCAAUAAUAUGUUCAGUGAUGAAGUGAAUCAAAGUAGCAAUAUCGUUAACAUAAAAUGAUAACAACAUAAAGGAUACACAGUGAACACUUAUGCGGUAAUACAGGUACGCCUCUUAUAAUUUAUUAUUAUUAUUAUUAUAAAUAUUUUAUUCUUAUAAUUUUUUGCCGCAAUUCUAUAUAUAGGGCUAGUAUUCUUUGCAAAAUUUUAUAUAAAAGCAGUGAUGCUCUGCUUGAAUUCCACAAUAUAUCCGUGAUUUAAUUUUGCUUCCCUCUUUAUGCUUUAAAAACUUUUAAAAAAUGUAAAUAACUUCAAUCCUCUUUUCUGUAAAUUUUUUAUAAAUUGUUUCAAUAUAGACCUAAUAUUCUUC